AUGAGCCGCCGUCAAAAUCCUUCCGAGUUUUUGAAGCAAAUAAUCGGAAAACCAGUAGUGGUGAAGCUGAACUCCGGUGUUGACUAUCGUGGAAUUCUGGCUUGUCUGGAUGGAUUUAUGAACAUCGCACUGGAACAGACGGAGGAGUACAACAAUGGGCAGCUGCAGAACAAAUAUGGGGAUGCGUUCAUUCGCGGAAACAACGUGUUGUACAUAUCGACGUUGAAGCGGUAG